AUGGCAAAUAUAUUUGAUCUGGGUCCUGACUUCUACAGUGUUCCCGGGGAAUGGAAUCAUGAUGGCCGACCUUACGGAAAAUAUGUCCGUCAGGACAUUGUCGAGCAUCCAGAAAUCGCCAAGAUACGAUCUGAUGACUGCUUUGUGGUAACUUACCCUAAAUCCGGAACUACAUGGACAUUGGAAAUAGCUCACCUCGUAAUGAAUGGCGGAGACACCUCGAUUUCUGCAUCGACGCCACACGUGAUUAAGACGCCAUUCAUGGAAUUCAAACUUGAUGGGAUAACAUCUUUAAAAGAGGCCAGUUAUGACGGGUUGUCAAUCAUGAAUAAACUUAAACCACCUCGUCUUGUGAAGUCACAUUUACCAGUGGACUUAUUACCACAAGAUAUUUACAAGAAAGGCUGCAAGAUCAGAAUUACUAACUACAAGCACUAG